AGUGGGAGGAGCUCCAUCUGCUCGGAUGACUUCCGGUCAGACGCGGCCGACAGAACGCGCUCCGCUCUGCUCUGAUCUAAGAAAGAAAACACUGAGUCACGUUGAAUUUUGAUUUAAAAAACCUCCUCAACAUGUCCUUCUGUCAGUUUUUUGGUGGAGAAGUCUACAGGGAUCAUUUUAAACCAGGAAUUUAUGUGUGCUCCAUGUGCAACCACCCCUUGUUCUCCAGUCGCUCCAAGUUUGCUCACUCGUCUCCGUGGCCGGCAUUUACGGAAACCAUCAGAGAGGACAGCGUCACCAAGAUGAUGGAAACCCUCACAGCCUACAAGGUCCUAUGUGGGAAGUGUGGCAGCGGACUGGGCCACGAGUUUGUGAAUGAUGGCCCAGACGAAGGAACGUCACGAUUUUGAAUAUUCAGCAACUCACUCAAGUUUGUCCCAAACAAAGGAAUGGGGAAACAGUAAAGGUCGAGUGUGACGUGCAGCUCGGUACUGGUCCGGUGAGCAGGCUGGUUCAGCGGGUGACGUGGGCGGGGUAAAGACCUGAGGGGAGGCCCCGCCCACUGAAGGAUCUCUGAUCAGCUUAAAUCACAUUCCUCUAAAUGUUCUUUCAAAUAAACAUGAUCCCUAAUACCUCACACGGACCCCCGGUUUGACACUUCCUGACUUUGUUUUUCCAGGUAACGCUCUUCAUGGCAUUUGUACGCGAUAACCUCUCUACUGCUCUUAAUCUCUCUGAGCUGCACUUAAAAUUAGUCUGCCGUCUUCCAAAGGUACAUUUCAUCUAUGCACUAAAGCCAACUUGGUCCAGAUGUGUGUAAAAUGUUUAUUUUUAGAUUGUCUCUUAGCAAAGAAAAUGGUAGCAUCAGCUGUUUUCAUCAUCAUGUUGUUGCUGUAACAGCUGCUGUGUCAUCGUUUACCUUUUUAUUACAGCAAAUGAGCGAAGCAUCGUGAUUGAUCUUAUUGUGUUUUAUGCUGGCACAAAAGGAACAAUAAAAACAAAUCAAAACAAGAAAAAAAAA